UUAAAAAUUAGUACUAUAUCAUAUCAACUCCUUAAAGGAUUUUACACACACACACAAAAAAAAAAAAAAAAAAAAGCACAAGAGUGUCAAUUUGUCAUUGACAAAUAAACGACAAUAAAUGGGCGAACUAACGACCGGUGAGGGCCAAAUUUCGUGAGCUUUUCUUCUCCUCUGUCGCUCUUAGCCGCUUCCAUCUCGUCGGCUCCAAGAUCGAUGCUUCAAAACGCUUACUUUUAUGUAAUAUUUUGGUGACAAUGAAGUUUCUAGAUUGGUAUUUGAAGAUUUCGGUUGGGGCGGCUCUGAUCGGAGCUUCCAUGGAAAUGUUCAUGAUCAAAACCGGUUUUUAUGAGAAGGUAACUGUUUUGGAGUCGGAGAAGCGCACCUGGGAGAGUUCUCUGGAGGCUGAGGCGAUCAAGGAAGCAUUGAAUCCUUGGAGAAGCCGAGAUACAGAAGCAGGGAAGAGGUCUUAAAUUGAUAAGUUUAAUGAAAAUGGAAAUACUCUUAUGCGAAUUGUUGCAUUGAAGUGGCUACAGUUUCCUGUCUUUUUUUGGUUCAGGUUACUAACUUCCUUGUAUUAGGUUGCCAUUUUAUUUUUGCUAUUCUUGUAUUAGGCUGUUAUAUUUACAAUGCGUACAGAGAUUAUUCAAU